AUGAAGCCAAUGGAUACAGAUAUCGAGACCGACGGAGAAACCGACAAGGAGUACGGUCGAGGAGAAGCGUACAGGAGUGGGGAUUACAUUCAACACGAUCGACAAACUCCAACUGGGCAUUCAUGCUGUGGAUGUUGCUGCGAUACACGACGGGCUGUGAUUGUGGUCAACAUCGUCAGCAUCUCCUUUGCAACCCUUGCGCUCCUAUCUUUAACACUUUUGACAACCAAUGCUGAUUUGCAAAGUCAGCUGGACGAUGAUGAAGUCCAAGCCUUCCUUGAUGAAAUGGAUGGAGCAUCAAUAGGGCUAAGCAUUGGAAUUGCGGUACUCGGGAUAAUAUGCAAUGCCUGUGGCAUCUUUGGUGCCUACAAAUUCCACCAGCUCUCGAUCGUCAUCGCAUCCAUUUGGUAUGUCGUUGAAAUGAUUCGUGCAGGAGUGUACUUGGACCCUUUCGGGGUUGUAAUGGCGGGUUUGUUCCUGUACCCGCACAUUGUAUUCUACCGAGAACUUUCGAGUGGAUUGAUGUCCCCAAUAUCAUAUCCCAAUGAAAGGCAGUGCUGCGAAUGUUGCGUAUAA